ACGAAAAUGUAUGUGUCAGCCAGUAGUUGGCAGUUAUAAAUCACAUCUCGCCUAGAUCUGGACAUGAGCAAUCCCAGGCCGAACGCCUGAUGAAUAACCCCAGUGGAGCGUGGAACAAUGGAACACCUCCGGCUGACAAGCUCCCACAGACUAUCCUGGGGAUAGGCAUAAUAUUUCUCUAUCCCAUUUGACAAAUGAUGUUUGUAGACCAAGUUGAGGUCCGAGUGGCACCUUGACCACCAACCAGAUCAUGGGGAUCGCGGAUCCGCGGGGCACACACAUAACUCACACAGACACCUGUGAAGACAGGUGCUGGAGCAAAAAGCCAACAAUUUGCAUACGGGGGCCGCCUCAUAAACAAGUGCGCGGAAGAUGAGAGCUGGCCACCAUGAAGAUAUCAAUCAGCUGGAGUCAGAAGCAUAGCCACUAACUAAAUUCGUUUGUCCUUCUGUCAAUGGCCGAUAAAAAACCAAUAAAGCUGCCACCCAGCAGCAGCGAAGACUUGUUAACACGCAGAUAAAUUACACUGCCCCCGGGAGAUGGCCAUCGAGAUGCGGUCAGCAGUGGGCACAGGAAGCGGCCGGGUCGCUGGGUCGAUUGUUCUAACCAUAAAGCUGAGCUUUAGGGCCCGCCGCUUGGAUCGCAGAUCGAGAUUGAGACUGAGAAUCGCAUAAAUACGGCAGCCACUGGGAGCCGCCGUUGCAGUCGUGGCACGGCGUUCGAUCAGUGACUUCCAGUGGCAGCCGCAUCUUAAUCUCCAGCUCCAUCGCCAGCUCAAACUCAUUCGCAAUCCGAAUCCGAAUCCCAGCCAUAACUCAGUGCGAAAGUGAGACGUCGGGUUUAUCGAGCGUGUAAUUGGGAGCUCCGUACGCUCCGUCCGAGAUUUAUGAUCCACGGCACCCGCCCACUGACAGCCUAAAUGUCUAGGGCUCGCUCCCCGCGAUUCCGCCAGAUCCGCUGGCUCAUCCUCUGGCUCUCCAUAAUCAUCUCCAUUAGUCAGGCUCAGUUGCCGGGAACUGGCUUCCAAGGACAACGGCAGCAGAUUCCACCGCUGCAGCAGACCAAUCCAUUCCAGCGCCGCCAACCCAAUCCGGUGCAGGGCCAAGGACUAUUUCCGGCACAGAGGAAUCCUCUUAAUCCGCUCGGGAAUCCCUUGGCUUCGCCACUAACUGGAGCCGGGCUGCAGAAUCCCUACACGCGCUACAAUCAGUACCAGCAGCAGAACUAUGUACCCAUCACGGCCUACCAGAACGAUCUUAAUCUGGAUGGAAGCUUCUCCUACGGUUACUCAUCCGCUGAUGGAACCACUGCCCAGGCUCAGGGAUAUGUCAAGAACUUGGGAUACGGCGAAGGAGUAGAGGCUCAGGUCAUUCAAGGCUCUUAUUCCUACACCUCGCCGGAGGGCACUCCCAUCACUGUGCGCUACAUUGCCGAUGAAAAUGGAUUCAGGGCCGAGGGCACCGGAAUACCAGCUUCUCCUCAAUACUUUCUAGGCACCCAGCCGUAUCAGCAGGCCGGUGGUGUCAUCAAUCCUAAUCUAAACCCAUAUCAGACACCCUUCCGCCAACUGCCGCCUCCGCUGCCCAACGCUCCCUUUCGUCCUCAGAUCCCAGGUCAGGGACAGCAACCACUGAACCCGCUGCAGCAACAGCAGCAGCAGCAGCAGCAACGUAAUUUCCAGCAGCAACAGAACUCCGGUCAAUAUCAACCGGAUCAACCGUUUAACCAGUUGCACUCUGGCAACUUGCCCGGACAGUAUGCCGGCCAAUUCGGUCAACCAGGACAGCAAUUUGGCAGCAAUCUCACAGCCCAGCAGGCGCAGCAGCAGCAACAGCAGCAGAACCUUAACCAACAGCAACAGAAUCUCAACCAGCAACAGAAUCUUAACCAGCAACAGAAGGAGCAGCAGAAUGAGCAGCAACAGCAGGCGCUGAUCACUCAGCAACUGAGGGGCAGGCCCAACAACCUGGUGGAUCCCUAUGGCUAUAACCAGUAUGGCAGACGCUUUAAGAAGUCACCGAGAACCCCAAAGGAAUAAUGCAGCUAUAAAGGGAAUGUUAACCUUCCAUCGAAACAAUUAAUUAGUCCAAACAUGUAGUCGCAACUCAAGGGCAUGAAAUACAUGCAUUCGAAAAGUCAA